CGCCCCGGGAACCCGGAAGCAGUUGUUGCUGCGCAAGGGGAACGGUCCUGGGGGGCUUGGCCCUGCGGCGGCAAGAUGACUGUAGAUAUCCAACCAGCCUGCCUUGGAUUGUAUUGUGGGAGAACGGUACAAUAUAUAAAUGCGUCAACUGAAAUCUAUGGCGACUGUGGGGUUUGUCCGAGAGGACAGCGAACAGAUGGGGAUAAAAUCUGUCGGGAGUGUACAGGAUCUCCAGGGCAUUAUGACUGGCUAUACCUUGGCUUUAUGGCCAUGCUUCCUUUGAUUUUGCACUGGUUCUUCAUUGAAUGGUAUUCAGGGAAAAAGAGUUCCAGUGCAUUGUUUCAGCAUCUUACUGCCUUAUUCGAAUGCAGUGUUGCAGCAAUAGUUACACUGCUUGUGAGCGAUCCAGUAGGUUUUCUGUAUAUCCGUUCUUGCAAGGUAGUGAUGCUUUCUGACUGGUAUACAAUGCUUUACAACCCAAGUCCUGAUUAUAUUACAACUGUACACUGUACUCAUGAAGCUGUCUAUCCUCUAUACACCAUUGUAUUUAUAUACUAUGCCUUCUGUCUGGUGUUGAUGAUGCUGCUCCGACCUCUUCUGGUUAAGAAGAUUGCCUGUGGGUUAGGAAAGUCAGAUCGAUUUAAAAGUAUUUAUGCAGCACUUUACUUCUUCCCUAUUCUAACUGUACUUCAAGCAGUUGGAGGAGGCCUGCUCUAUUAUGCAUUCCCAUAUAUUAUAUUGGUGUUAUCUUUGGUUACCCUGGCUGUGUACAUGUCUGCUUCUGAAGUAGAGUCUUUCAAGGACCUUCUUGUCAGGAAGAAAAGGCUUGUCGUUCUUUCUAGCCACUGGUUACUUCACGCCUAUGGAAUCAUCUCUAUUUCCAAACUGGAGAGACUUGGCCAGGAUCUACCACUGUUGGCUUUGGUACCUGCACCUGCCCUCUUUUACUUACUUACAGCAAAGUACACCGAACCUUCACGCAUCCUUUCAGAAGGAGCAAAUGGACAUUAAAUGUAACUUGUGCCAACAGCCCAGUGAAACUGUCCCAGUAAGAUGGAUUAAAGAAUUUCAGUGCUUGUUAUGCCCUUCAGUUCUUCUUAGACUAAAGUUAUCAUUUCUGUAUAAGACAUUUUCUGGGUAAAACAUUGUAUAGAAUCUAAGAGUAAGACUAUGUAAACUUAGCUUCUCUAACUUCAUGAAGGGCUUGUAAACAAUCAAAGUGGAAAAUGUCUUAAUCUAUAUACAUUUUUUACUAUGUAUAAAUACUGGUGACACAUACCUUGUAAUAUAAGUUUUGUUUGUACCUUAUUUAUUUAUUUCACAAUGCCGUAUAUUAGCAUCUGUUUGAAUAAAGUAGCAAAAUAGA